AUGGUGUUAACAGCUUUUAAUCAAAUUAAUGUCAUAAGUGUUUCUUCAAUUGAAAAAGAAAACGAGAAUUUCAUUAUUAUUCCAGGAUGGGGAAUCUGUCAUUAUUCCAUCAUUGGAAUAUGUGGCAUGUGUAAAUUCGCAGAAGCUUGUGUGCUUUCAAUUAUCCUAGUUGUGGUUCCACUUUUGGCAUGUGAUUUAAGUUUACCUACAGGUCAAGCAAUUGCUGUACAUGCUGUAUUAACCUUUGGUAUGGUUAUAGGAGCCUUUCUAUUUGGAGCAAUAAUUGAUGCAUAUGGACGGAAAAGAUCAAUUUCUCUAACUUUAAUCGUUAUAUUUUGUUCUACGAUUACCUUAUCCUUUGCACAAGCUCCUUUCUUAAUAAACUUAUCGCUAUUCGUGCUUGGAACAGGAUUAGCCGGUAACGAUGUGGUUUUAAAAGUCUAUUUAAUUGAACUUUUGCCCAUGAAACAACGAGGCUCCUCCUUAGCUGUCUUGGACAUAUUUGGAAUCAUUGGUUACAUAGCAGCUUUGGGAUUUUCAUGGUUGCUUAUGCCUUCCAUCCUACACUUUCAAGAUAACAAGUUUCGACCAAAUUCUUGGCGGAUACUUGCUGGAAUAGGUGGUGUGCCGAAUUUAAUCAUGGCAUGUGCAGUUAGUUUAUUACCAGCAAGUCCCAGAUACAUGCUUUAUCGUCAACGUCAGGAAGAAACACUCGCAAUACUUCAACAGAUGUACGCAAUUAAUACAUCGAAACAUGCUAAUACUUAUCCAGUACGACAAUUUUAUAUUAAUAAUUCUUCGUUGUUAAUUUUAUACAAAAUCAAUUUCGAUAAUUGUGUGCGAUCAGAUGAAUGGAACGAGAUUGAGAAGAAUGGUAUUUUUAAAACAAUAGAGAUAUUUUGUCUGAAGACGUAUAAACGUGUUGGAAAUAUAUUUGAAACACCAUUCGCACGUAUUACCAUAUUGGCAAUUAUUAUUAGUUGUCUGCAAUUUCCUGGACUCGCUUGGUUCGCACUAUGGAAAACUCAAUUACUCGAAGGAAUGGAAAAUUUGGAUAAAUCCAAAGAAAAUAAUUGUACUAUCGAUAUACAGAAUAUGGUAAUGGGAUUUUUACACAAUUGUCAGGAAAUAAAUAUCGAUCGUUUCGAACUUCUUUUGUAUCUAUCUUUGAGCUACAUACUAGCGGAGAUUUUACUGGUAAUUGGAAUCGACAGUGUCGGCAGAAAAAUAUUUCUUGUAUUUUCGGGAUUAAUAGGAGCUGCAACAUGUCUUGCUUUAGUAUUUACAGUUCACCAUGUAAUGCAACUCGUUCUUUCAAUGACUACUCUAGCAACGUAUGCCAUUUGCAAUACAUCAACCACAAUAUUAAUAUUGGAGAAUUAUUUUACUGGUAUAAGAGGUACUGCUAUCGGAUUUACAAGAAUACUCCCACAUUUUCUCGACUUUUUUACAAAACUCUUUUUAAACGUACACUGUUUCCACAGUAUCUUCUUCGUAUCAGGAAUGCUACUGAGUGUAGCGGUUGUUGGAUUGCAAAUGCCUGACCUAACCCGGUUACCGAUGCAGGAAUAG